AUGACGAUGCUCAGUCAUGGAAUUUGGAUUGCGUUCCUCGCAACGGCUUACGCUGCAGUUCUGCCGUCAACGCAGUUGCCACGUGAGGUCAAAGCCUCUUCCAUCUCUAGCAUUGUAGUAUUCGGUGACUCUUUCAGCGACAACGGGAACGGGGCUGCUCGAGUAUCAAAUAAUGCCUGGCCUACAGACAAAUACUACAAGGGUCGCUUUUCGAACGGCAUCGUCUGGGCAGAAUAUGUAGCAGCUAACCUCUCAUUGCCCCUUUACGACUAUGCGGUAGGAGGUGCAACGACUUCGAAUGCCCUUGUCCAGGGCUACACAGGCGCAAAGGGUGAUAUCGCUGUACCUUCUGUUAUUGAUCAAGUCGUCUCGUUCUUGGGGAAGAUAAAUCCUCAAGGAGGAGCCUUCGAAGCGUACGAUUCGAUGGCAAUGGAAAGCCCAUUGCUGAUAAUGUUUGCUGGUGCCAACGAUAUCCUGUUUAACGCCAACAUCAGUGCUUCGCAGUCGUAUCAAAUUCUUCGUCAAGCCGAAGCACAGCUCCGCGAUGCGUACCCAAGUGCAAGAGUCUUGACUCUAACCCCGCCCGAUAUCUCCAGACUUCCGUAUGGCUUCUACUUGGAAGACAAUCUGGCAAAAAACCAGUUGCGAACUUUCACAGACCAGCUGGGAGAACUACUCGACAGGUCAAAGACGGGAGCCGUCAACCUUGGUCUUCGGCCGCUCUUCGACGACUUUGAGUACUAUGCUUCUCCUCGGGCGUACGGAUUUGACCCACUGGGAAAGUACGGCAGUUGCCUCGAAGGUGCAUAUGGCGAGACGCCGAACGUGACGAUCUGCGGAGACCCAGAUAGGCGGGUAUACUGGGACGAAUACCAUCCUACAACUCAUACACACUCGUGGAUUGCCAAGGAGGUUCUAGACGUCCUGAGAGGUCCGUUCUGA